AUGGCGCUGGCCGCUCUCUUCAUCUCCGCCUCUAUCUCUGUGUCCGGCGCACUGGCUGCGCCGGCCCCAGCCGCCCAGCCCCAGCCGGCUCUGCGGGAACGAUACUAUGGCGACAUCUUUGGACUAUCUCCUCCGCCACCGCUCUUGGAGAGACGCGCCGUCCUCCCUGCCGGAUGGAAUUAUGACGGCUGCGUCACCGAGAGUAAUGGGGUGCGGUUACUACAAGGUUUCGGGUUCAGCUCGCCUUCGAACUCGCCGUCUUUCUGCAUCGCCGAGUGCGCGCGCCGAGGUUUCUCAAUCGCAGGUACAGAGUACGGCGGCGAGUGUUAUUGCGCCAAUGCGUUGACUGGCGAUGGAGGGAGGAAAGCACCAGACGACGUGUGUAGUAUGGCCUGCCAAGGUGAGCCGGGAACAAAGUGCGGUGCGGCUUGGUACCUCUCGCUGUACAAGUUGAACCCGAGCACCGGAGGCUCGGGAGGCGGACAGGUGCCCUCCAACUGCCCAACGACUUCUUCCCCCUCAUCGACUACCAAGGCCACCACCACCACCACCGCGACUACUGCCACCACCAAGUCCACCACUGCCAGCAACCCCACCGCGACGGGCGUCGUCGUACCCGUCCCCCCCAACGUCCCGGCAGCAACUGAACAACCUUUAGUCUGGGCGCACCACAUGGUCGGCAAUACAUACAGCUAUGCGAAUUCCGACUGGCAAGCCGACAUCAACGCAGCGGCGAGCCAGGCAAUCGACGGCUUUGCCCUCAACAUCGGCAUUGAGGGGUGGCAGACCGAUCAGGCCGCCGUAGCCUACCGUGUCGCCGAAGCACGCGGAUCAUUCAAAAUGUUCCUCAGCCUUGACAUGACUUCUCUCCCCUGCGGUUCGGCUGCCGAUGCCAACCGCCUCGUCAACCUUGUGCGGCAACUUGCCUCUUCCCCCGCACAGGCAAUGUACCGGGGCAAGGUCCUAGUUUCGACCUUUGCUGGCUCGGACUGUACUUUCGGCACAGGCACAAACGCCGGAUGGCAGACAAUGUUUGUGGAUCCCCUCGUGAGGGCAGGCGUCAAGAUUUUCUUCAUCCCGUCCGUGUUUAUGAACCCGGCCGACUUCUCCAAGCUCACGUGGAUGGACGGCGAGCUCAACUGGAACUCUGCGUGGCCUGUCGGCAACAAAGAAAUUGACACGGCUACGGAUGUAGCCUAUCGCGCAGGUCUUGGUGGAAAGACGUACAUGACGGCCGUGUCGCCCUUCUUCUUCACCCAUUUCGGCGUAAAUUCAUGGAACAAGAACUGGAUCUACCGCUCCGACAACUGGUUGUAUUGCACCCGCUGGGAACAGAUCAUUGCCCAGCGCGGUGUCAGCACCAUGACCGAAAUCCUCACUUGGAACGACUACGGAGAGAGCUCGUACAUCGGCCCUAUCCGGGGUUCUCUUCCCGCCACCUCGGAACGAUGGGUCAAUGGGUUCGACCACUCCGCCCUAGCCCCGAUUACAAAAUACUACGCAACGGCGUACAAGACGGGUUCCUACCCUCGGGUCGACAAGGACCAAAUCAUCCUCUGGGCACGACCGCACGCUGCGCGCGCUCAAGCGCCCGAUCCGGUUGGACGCCCGACCGGCUACGACUGGACCGACGAUAACCUCUACGCAGUCGUGUUCGCUACCGCCCCAUCAGUCGCUACCCUCACGUCUGGGGGCAACUCCAUGUCCUUCUCGGUUCCCGCUGGACUAAGCAAGAUCAAGAUGCCUCUCGCGCCUGGCACCAUUGGCGGUACUAUCGAGCGCGGCGGACAGCGCGUCGUGACGUUUAGCGCGGGCGCACAGUACUCAUUCACGACCACGCCAACGGCAUACAACUACAACUACUGGGUCGGGAGCAGCUAG